AUGUUUCACAGAGCUUGGAAGUUGCACAGUGGGCUGUUGAAUUGCGCGCUGUGCACGCGCUCGAUGCUCGCGCGCUCGUUACUGAACCGAGCUGCAACUUUGCACUCCGUCAGCGCGGUGAAGCAGAAACUCCCCUCCGCCUCAACACCGACAGCUGGAGCGGAAAGCGCGGGUGGCCGGUGACGCUCGCUGCAGAGCGCUAAGCGGAAGCGAGCUGACAGCCAGUGAUACAUCUGCAGUCACAAACAAACAAACAAACAAACAAACAAAAGACAGGACAAAAAACGGGCGCGAAGGAGAAUCACCGCGGAACACAAGCGGAGCAUCCCGUCGAAUGAAUCGAUCAGUUCGCGCGCCUUCUGCUGAAGCUGCGAACCGAUUCAGGAGUCGGUUCAGUGAGCUAACAACACUCCUCACGGUUUAGAAGAUUAAAAGAAAGAGGGGCCAAUAUUUCCGGAAACUGAAUGGUGGGUCAAGUCAAGGCGUGCUAUAUGUAACGACUGGAGUGUCUUCAGGUGUUCAUCCGCUCUAGAGUGACGAGGUAGAGCCAGAUGCCUUUGGUGUGAGACUGUGAGCUGGAGGGCGGGCGGUUGAUGAAACCCUCCCACAAACCCUUUACACUCUGCCUCUGAGCUCCUCCCAGAGCCUUGUCUCCAUGGCGAUGAGCAGCGACCCCGGCUAUGCAGGGCCAGAGCUUGACCCCGACUCCUCUGCUUCCUCAUCACCAACACCUCUCUCUGACAAGAUGGCCGCCAUCACCAUAACGGACCCCUCCACCAAUGGGCUGAGAAAUGGGGGGGGACAUAAGAGGGCUCCACCCCAAAGGCCACACCUCUCCGGCAGGAAGAUGUCGCUUCAGGAGAGAGGGACAUACCUGUCAGCAGGGGGCGGAGCUGAACGCAUCUCUCACAUUUCACCACGCGCUGCACGACGACCAACUAUUGAGUCCAAGCGGGUGUCCAUUUCAGACUCACAGGACUGUAUCCAGCUUAACCAGUACAAACUGAAGAGUGAAAUCGGGAAGGGCUCUUAUGGUGUGGUCAAACUGGCCUACAAUGAGGAUGACGAAAAGUAUUAUGCGAUGAAAGUGGUAUCUAAGAAGAAGCUGAUGAAGCAGUGUGGAUUUCCACGUCGCCCUCCUCCACGAGGCCCUAAAGCAGCUUUGGGGGAACAGCUGAAAGUGCUUGGGCCCCUUGAGAGGGUUUACCAAGAGAUUGCCAUCCUAAAAAAGCUGGAUCACCUGAACAUAGUCAAACUGGUGGAGGUGCUGGACGACCCAGCCGAGGACAAUCUGCACAUGGUGUUUGAGCUAAUGCAGAAAGGCCCAGUGAUGGAGGUGCCUACAGACAACCCUUUAACUGAGGAGCAGGCGCGUCUCUACUUCAGAGAUAUUGUCCUGGGCAUCGAGUACUUGCACUAUCAGAAGAUUGUCCACCGGGACAUCAAGCCGUCGAAUCUGUUGCUUGGAGAUGACGGUCAUGUGAAGAUUGCUGAUUUUGGUGUUAGUAACCAGUUCGAGGGUAACGAUGCCUUGCUCUCCAGCACAGCAGGGACGCCGGCUUUCAUGGCCCCAGAGACUCUGUCUGACAACCGCAAGAGCUUCAGCGGAAAGGCUCUUGAUGUGUGGGCAAUGGGAGUGACACUUUACUGCUUUGUAUUUGGGAAGUGUCCUUUUAUCGAUGAGUACAUCCUGGCACUGCAUAACAAAAUCAGGAGCAAGGCUGUGGAGUUCCCCGAGAUCCCAACUAUCAGUGAAGACCUGAAGAAUCUGAUCCUGAAAAUGUUGGACAAGAACCCUGACACCAGGAUAACCAUUCCUCAGAUUAAGCUGGACCCCUGGGUCACGCAGGACGGCACCGACCCGUUACCAUUAGAAGAAGAACAUUGCACUGUGGUGGAGGUCACAGAAGAAGAGAUUCAGAACUCUGUCAAGUUUGUUCCCAGUCUGUCUGCUGUGAUCCUGGUGAAGGCCAUGUUGCGGAAACGCUCUUUCGGGAACCCUUUCGAGUGUCCCAGCAGGAGGGAAGAAAGGUCCAUGUCCGCCCCAGGCAGCCUGCUCAUGGACUCAUGGCCGUUUCGUCCCUCUCUUAAACUCCACCCUUCUUUAAGAAAAGGUAGCAGUGGAGAAGCUGGACGAGAGGUGGAGCUUGAGGACCUUCAUGAAGAUGAACCGCCCUCUUCUGAUGAUCGCUCAUAAGUGUAUGCGAUUAUCAGCCAUAAGGCCCGUCCUUUACUCAUUUCUACUGUACAGGCAAACUUAAAUCUUAAAUCUCACAUCACCACAACCUUCAUAAAAGUUAAUAACCACAACUUGUAAACUUUUCAACCAUAUAUUUAUUCUUAACUGCUUUCUAAUUCUUUAAUGAAGUGUCUUAUUCCAAAGCCUUUUGAUGCUGGCGGUUUGGCCAGAUCUACCUUGCUUUGUGAUUGACACAUCGAUCCUACCUUUUUCCUGGAUCCUGCUCCUCUUCUUGCCACACCCACUGUGCAAAGCCACUCCCCCUGCCACAUGAAAUGCUGUACAGAGGAAAUCUCUUAUAUGGAGAGAAGUCUGGGAUUUGAAUGAACAUUUAGGAACAUUCAAGAACAUCCCGAAUCAUUUUAUAUCUAGGCUUUGGAGAUGUUUCAGAGAAGCUGCUUUCUGCUUUUUUUUGUUCUUUCUUCACGCUCUCAGCACACACCCUACCCUUCGUCCUUCAUGAAUCAAGAUUGAAAUCUUCAGUAAAUUGAGAUUUUUUGACUUAAGAUAUAUGAUUGAAUGACAAACUUAUCAUUAUAACAUUAUUUAAUAAUUGGUAAUACCAUGGAUGGACUGCCAGAAGACUCAGAACUCAUUUUAAGGAACAUCACUUGAACAUCUCACUAGAAAACUAGACAAGUGACAGAAGGGAUGAGCAGCAUUUUGUACAUAUGUAAUGUAAUUUCGAUGUUGUCCUGCCUUGUGAUGCUUUGCAUACUGUAAUAUUUAUUGUACACAUGGCCAGUUUUGGACUGCUUGCCAUUUUGGCAUACACACACAAACACACACAAAUUGAAGAUUGUGUUUUUUAUUCAAGUGGGCAAAACUCAGCCACUAUGAGAGGGCUAUGAUAUUUUCACACAAGCACACAUUUCAGAAUAGGGCUAACAUGCAAAUGUUAGAGGGCUCCUCAUUUGAAACACACACAAACACACACAGACACACACACACACACACACACACACACACGCACGCACACACAUUACUAGCACAUUGGAUGAUAGUGAAUGUUGCAAAUCCUCCAUUUAGACUGUAGUAACACAGAAACCAUAUCAUGUGUCACAAUGUGCAAUUGUCUCCCUACAGGAGCAGAAUGUGUCAUCAUUUACAGAGUCUUUCCACUCGCAGCGGCUUAUUUGUCAGUGAGAGACGCUGACAAGAGAUGCCCGACAGUUUGUCUGUUGUAAACGCAUACAUAAACACAAUCACAAGUCACUGAGUGAGGAUCUCUCUCACUCAGUGUUGUGCAAUCUGAAUGUGGUGAUUAGCAUCAAGCCCAGCACAUCGCCUAUUAUUCAACAUUAACACCUCCCCUUUAUCCUGGAUUACAUUCAUACAACAUUCACACUCAGUCAGGGAGAUGAAAUUGUUUUAACAGGAACUGUAGGCUGCUGAUAAUCAAACAUUUUUAAUUGGCUGCCAUUUAAAUUGGAUUUCAUGCAGUUAAGAAGCAAUAAUUCCUUUUCUGAUCAAAUGAAUAUUGCAGUGAUGUCUCUUGAUGGUGCCAAUCAUAAUAACUGCUAAUUAAACAGGGCACAUGUUUUCUCAACAUGAUUUGUUUUAUUAUAAACUGUUAGAUUUCUGCAUAAUUAAAAGCAGUCUAUUAAUCCCAGUAAAUAUUAUGUGGCGCGGGGGUUGUCAAGCUUUCAGCAGCCAGGGACCCCUUCCAAAGUGAUGAUGGCAACGCCUAAUCCUACUAUUGAAGUAUUAAGCACAUCAGAGCAAUAUGUAGUCUUAUAUUUAUUUAUUUAUUGGCACCAUUAGUAACAGCACGUUUCCUAGACCUCCUAAAAUUGCAGAUUUAGAUUCAGAAGUUCAUAAGUUUGAAUGGCACCUGAGAAAGAUGCUUAAAGGCAAAAGCCACCUUGAACAACUUGCAUUAAUCGUUAUAAUUAACACGUGAUCUUUAACGGCAUCCAACAUAUUGGUCAAUUUUGUCUUGAUUCGCUACAUUACUCGUGUUCGAUUGCCCAUCGAUAGAGGUGCCGGUGAGAUCUCAUUUCUACCUAAAGAGAGCGAUGCAGCAGCGCUUUAGUCUGUCCAGCUCUUUCACCUCUUUCACCAGUUGCUCAAACAGAACAACUUUAAUGCUAAUCCCGGGGUCAACGCCAUUCUGCUUGUCAUUUCAUAAAUUGCCAACUAGUUGAGCUGAAUAAUUCAGCUGUAUUUAAGUCUGAAAAUUAAGUCCAACAUUUACUGUCACCACUACAUUGGAUUUCUCAUUAAUAUGUCAUUGAACGCUGCUGCAAAGUGUUGAGUGAGAAAAUAAACGCUUUCUCUUUUGUUUUUGGAAGCUAACAGCAAAACCUGACUGUUCAAAACCUGAUCCCUUAUUCUUGAGAUGUUUACAUCCCCCCACCCCCCCUUCUCUUGACUUUCUAAGUCACGUUUGGGCCAUAUUCAGAGUUACAGACUUAGGUCCGAAUGUUACAUUACUAUUCACGCGGGAAAAGUUAUUCUUAUUCAGAGACAGGCUACGGAGCUGCUUAUCAAGAUUUUCUCUGAGGUCUCCUCUUUUUUAUGCAGAUCACCUCCCUCCAGGUUGCCAGGUUUUUCUUGAGCAGAAGCACUGCAAAUGGGGUUUUCAGUAACAUCUAGAUCAUUGCCUUUAAACACAAGCACUUGCCUGUAAAUCAGAAAAAAAUCAGGGAUAGAAAAUGUGGACUGAAGAAAGAAAUAGCGUUUUUAAUUAAUAUGAUGAUACAUGAAUGAGAAACUGGCAAGCAUUGAAAUAAACAUCUAAUAGUCUAGUGUAUUGCCAGUAUAUUGCAGCAUUGCUAGUCCUAGUUAUAACAUUAAUCACUGCAAAUUUGGUUUAUGGCUUGCACGCUCAGUAUUUGGCAGCUUAUAAACUAACACUUGAUCCAGCACAUCCUAUUUUUUGGCUCAAUAACAGUUAAUUGUGCACAUAAAUUAGUCUAGGCAAGAGAUAGCCAAGACAAUAUGGUCCUUUGAUUAUAAAAUCAUCUGCCAAGUGAAUACAUGUAAAAAUGGCCAAUCAAUUAGGCUUAUUAUAGUAUAAUAACCAACCUGUAACUGGAACUAGUCAUUGUAAGAGUACACCAACCCCUGGAGGUUUCUGGGCUCCAAUUACAGGAUGAUAAAUGUAGAAGAAAACCUGCACAUUAUCCCUAAUUACACCUAGAUUUUUCCUUCUUUGCUUAUGAUUCAUAAUGGCCACCGUUGCUGUUUUAUGUACAGCUGCUAGAAUUUGUAACAGUACAACGUUUUGUGUUCUGCCUACCUUGAUGGAGAGGUGUGAGUUUCCAUGUUACCUUGGCUCUCUGAAUGACGUAUUGACUCUCAUGUUUCCUAACAGAUGGUGUUUUCUCGUCGUUACCCAUUAUCCCGACUCUGCUCUCUCUCUCGUCUCUCAGUUUAACUGACAUGGACAGAUGCUUUUACUUCAUGUACGUGUGUAAUUGUACCUUUCGGUCAUCUCUCGUGUUUGGAGGUAAAAUGAACACCUAUAGGAAUGUAACGUGUGUGCGUGUGUGUGUGAGGUGUAGCAACUAAAGCAGGUAUGCACACACUCCAGUGGUUUUUGGAUGCACCAUAUGGAAGUGUACAGUAGUCACAAAUCUAUUAUCAAACACAGCAUGUGGGUUUUCUAAAUGUAAUGCACGUGUCCCCUCUUGAACGGUUACUAUGCACUUGUAUGUUGUUUGUAUGUUGUGUACUUGACAUAUGGCAUGUCCAUGACCUCAAUAUAACAUUUUAACAAAAUCUCUAAUAUCAGGUGCAGUAUAUUAAUAACCGUGAUAUGACUCAAGUAUAUUAUUAAAUGUGAUACAACUCAAGGAUAAUAAUAAAACCCCUUUAACACAUUCUGUUGUACACAUGUAACAUGCUAAAGUGUGUGUCCUGCUCUGAUGUUUAUUAUACUUAUAUAGAUGCUUUAUAGUGGAAGAAAUGAACAGUGAUCUCUGCCAUGUAGUCUCUGUUCUGGUUCAGGUCAUAGGUUGCAUUUGUGCAGUGCCUCAGUCACUUCUCUCUCUCUCUCUCUCUCUCUCUCUCUCUCUCUCACACACACACACACACACACACACACACACACAAACACACACACACGUUCCAGUGGUUGUGACACCGUGAACUGUACAUUCUUAUCUUAUGAAUUCAGAGGAGAAAAACUGUGUAUAAUGCAUGGACUAUCCAUAACUUGCACUGGGAAACACUACAUUGUUAAUAAACCUACUUUUGGAUGCUUUACAUUGUUUAAAUGGAGGAAAGGGCAAUGGGUUUUAUUUUUUGACUAGUUCAAUAAGUUUCAAUAGCACCUGGUCACUUUUUAUGUUAGCUAGACUAAGGCUGCAUUCCAAUACUGGUUUGACACACCCUUAUUGACUUCCCCUCAUCUUUGCGUAUAGAAAUGACCCUUGUGUAUAAUUGUAAGCUCCAUUAGCCUCCAAAGAGUUGUUCCACUACUGUAAUAAUAAUAAAUUCACUAUCAUUGGUUAUAUAAAGCACAGGUUUAUAAUGUGUUUUAGAGAGUGCAGAUCAACUCUGAAAGAAAAAAGAAGAAGAUAACAGAAAAGGCAAUAAUACUCGCGGUCAAGUGAUGGACUAGAGGUCAAGUGAAAUAUAUUAAAUAACCCGUUGGAGGGAUUGAUUCAAUGGCCAGGUUCUAGCUGGCAUGCUAAGCCCUGUCAUUUGGUCAUCCCCCAAAUUUGCACUUUGGUGAUGAUAUUGAGAGUCAAGUGAUUGAGAGUCAAGCGUAAGAGUAUAAAAGCAAGCAUUUGAGACAGCCUUCAUGACUUUGUUAAAAGUGUACACAUUACUCACUAAAGCUCUUGUGCUGAUUGUACGAUGUAAUGAGCAAUAAAAUAGUAAAUUUUGUUUUCCAUUCAGAGGAUGUUCAUAAUCAGCUCAUCAAUCCCAGUUCAAAUUUAAAUGAUUUACCAAAUCAGCUUUGAUUUGCAAAAUCAGCUGGUUGCCUGCAGUAGCUCCAUAUAAAAUAAUGGGUAGGGUUAGCUAACUGAUUACAUUAGGUUUAAUCAGGCCUUGUUGCUCAUAAGCUGUUACUUUAAUGCUGCUUGGUGAGAAGUUAAAUUAGUAAACAAAGCCACUUUGGGACAUGAACUUGAAUUGAUUUUGAUUAUCUUUUUGUCUGUCGUUGGCCUUAAUGUUGCUGUUGCUGUAUCCUUACUCUCUACAGUUCCAUCCCCUGUGAUUGGUCUAAUAUGGUCUCUGCAAAUAAUCGCAAUUAGGUUUUGGUGUAGGAACUGCUGCCGACUCCCCUUUUUAAUCCUGGCUUCCCCAAAGGGGGUAUUGUGAGAGAGCAUAGAGGAUGCUUAUGAGCAACCUUCCGAAGCUUAAAAUGAGAAAUAGGGCCCCUAUGGUCUGCAUGUGUUUUGGGUGGAUAUGUUGGCCUUCCCUAUACAAUGUUGUACAAUGUUGUGCAAAGUUUGGGCCAGUGCUGGUCAAGAAGCACUUUUCAUAACUACCCUGCCAAUGUUGACUCAACAUUGGCCCAAUGUUGGCAAAGGCACACUUUUCAUAACAGCUUGCUAGUGUUGGGUCACGGUUGGCCAAUAGUAGCACAGUGGUGCCCCAGCCUGGGCUCAAUGAACAAAAUUAUAUUGAUCCAAUGUUGACACCCAGCUAUGUAGGCACUCUAGCUAACUUUGACCCAAUAUUGGCCCAAUGUCAGUUUUCUACCUGGUCAUUGUAGGGCUGUUUGGUUUAAUGUAAAUUUAAUGUCGGACAUCUCUCUUAAUGUCUUCUGUUACCUAAUAGCUGAGAUAUCUUCAUUAUAUUACCCUACCAGCCAUUAGCAAGCUAGUUAGAGAGUCAGCUAAUUAACACAACACCAGUUUAGGGAGCUAAUGAGAAAGCUGAUAUUUCUGUAGAUAAGAAAAAGUACAAUUCACCAGAAAACUGCUUCACUUUCAAUGUGCUUUCUAACAAGGGCUAUGUUUUUCAUAUUAAUAUAGGCCUAAGUAGAAAAGGGUGUGUAGAAAACAGUACAGGAAUGCAGUGCAGGUCUUUUUGAUCCAAAGCAUUUAUGGUUGUAGAUAUCUUUCUAUCCUUCAGUGUGUGUAAGUCGAAGUUUCAGAUUGAUUUAUCUCUAAAUGAACUGCAGUUCCUCAUAUAUAAUUGUCUAAUUUCUCUUUGCUUGAGUGACUGUUGUUGUCAGUCAUUACAUGGAUGUCUGUAUUCCUGUGCAUUAACCUGAAUGUACUUAUUAUAAUUGUUACAGAAAAAGCAUGGCACAAAAAACUAUUGAAUGCAACUUGUUACCAUGUACAUAUGUACCAAAAUAUAUAAAGAGGCUAUUUUUUGCAUGCUUUUUGUACACUUAGACAAAUUCAAGGAUAAUAAAGAGCUCAAAACCAA